AUGGUCCAGAUGAGUUUUCUCAUAUGCAGCGCUGUCUGGCUCCUCACUGUUAAUCUCUGGGGACCGAGAUCUGCUGACGGGGCCCCUGACCGACCCCACCAUGACCCCAAACAUUCAUGGGACGCCCUACAAAGACAGAAACGAAACUGGGUUUGGAAUCAGUUCUUUGUGCUUGAGGAAUACACAGGGACUGAUCCUCUGUAUGUCGGCAAGCUACAUUCAGAUGUGGAUAAGGCCGAUGGAAACGUCAGGUACGUGUUGACUGGAGACGGAGCCUCCUCUAUCUUCACUAUCGAUGAGAAAACAGGGGACAUCCAUGCCACCAAACGCCUGGACCGAGAGGAACAGGGUUAUUACACUCUGCGCGCUCAAGCGGUCGACAGAGAAACCAAUGCUCCGAUGGAGGACGAGUCUGAAUUUAUUGUGAAGGUCCAAGACAUUAAUGACAACGAGCCUAAGUUUCUGGACGGGCCGUACACUGCAGGAGUUCCUGAAAUGUCUCCUCUCGGCACCAUGGUGGUUCAGGUGACAGCGACAGAUGCAGAUGACCCCACUUACGGCAAUAGUGCCAGAGUCGUGUACAGCAUCAUACAUGGACACCCUUACUUCUCUGUGGAGCCCAAGACAGGCAUUGAUAACAAAACUUCUGUAGGCCCAGAUAACUUAGACCCUUAUCUUUUAAAGGUGGCAGUGGAUGUUAUUGCUGAGCCAUCGCAUCAGUACUCAGUGCUGGAGUCGGUGCCUGUGCCGUCAGUGGUGGCCAAACUGAAAGCCGCAGAUGCUGAUAUCGACUUCAAUGCAGAGAUGGACUACUAUAUAAUAGAUGGAGAUGCACCAGGUGUGUUCAACAUCACCACAGACGAGGAGACCCAGGAGGGAGUCAUCUUUCUACAGAGGCCUUUGGACUAUGAAACUAAAAGCAGUUUUUCUCUGAAGAUUGAAGCCACUAAUCGGAAUGUUGACCCUCAGUUUCUGACCUUUGGCCCCUUCAGUGAUACAGCGGCUGUAAAGGUCAUUGUAGAGGAUGUGAACGAGCCGCCGGUCUUCUCUCCUCUGAUCAGCAGAAUGGUGGUAUCUGAGGCAGCGAGGGUCGGCGCGGUCAUCGGUACAGUUUCAGCCCGUGACCCAGACUCGUCCAGCAGUGCCAUCAGGUACUCCAUCGACCGGAACACAGACCUGGAACGCUUCUUCAAUGUGGAUGCUCUGACCGGUGUCAUCAGCACAGCCAAAGCCCUCGACAGAGAACUCAAUUCAGCCCACAACAUCACCAUAUUUGCCACUGAGAACCAGGACCCGUCUCAGGUUGGCAGAGGAAUCGCUCUAAUCACAGUCAUGGACAUUAACGACAACGCUCCAGUGUUUGCUAUUGAGUAUGAGACACUCUUAUGUGAAAAUGCAGCACCUGGACAGGUCAUUCAGACAAUCAGUGCUGUGGAUAAAGACGAGCCUCUCAGCGGCCAUCGUUUCUAUUUCUCUCUCGCUUUCUCUGCUGCCAAUAAUGACAACUUCACCCUCAGAGAUAAUAAAGAUAACACUGCAUCAGUGCUGACGAAGCGUGCUGGUUUCCGGCGGCAGGAGCAGUCGCUGUACAUGUUGCCAGUGUUGAUUGUGGACAGUGGCAGUCCGGCCUUGAGCAGCACUAACACUCUUUCCGUGCGAGUGUGUGACUGCGGUGUGAACGGCGUUCCUCAGGCAUGUGGCGCCGUGGCUUUCUCUCUUCCCGCGGGUCUUAGCACUGGAGCUCUGCUUGCUAUACUGGGCUGCAUCAUCACUCUUCUGGUUCUGAUGCUGUUGAUCAUGGCAAUGCGACGUAGACGAAAAACACCUCUUUUCAUCGAGGACGAGCGUGAUGUGAGGGAGAAUAUUGUUCGGUAUGAUGAUGAAGGAGGAGGUGAAGAAGAUACGGAAGCUUUCGAUAUGGUCACCCUGCGUAAUCUCAAUAUCAUACGUGAUUCAAAGGUCCAGGAUGUCAGUCCAGAAUCAGCCUCUGUCUACCCAUACUCAGCUUCUGCUACCUCCAGGACAUCUUAUAAAACACUUCCUGACAACAUUGUCUUUCAAGAGUUUAUCUGGGACAGGCUGAAAGUGACUGAUGUGGAUCCCUCCGCACCACCGUACGAUUCACUGCAGAUGUACGUGUUUGAAGGAAAUGGCUCCGUAGCAGAGUCUCUAAGCACGCUGGAAUCACCCAGUUCAGGGUCAGAGCAGAGUUAUGAGGACCUCAGCGACUGGGGGCCGCGCUUCAAAAAAUUAGCAGACCUGUAUGGAAAUCUCGAAGGAAGUGGUAUUUUCUCCUAG